CACACACAUACACACAGCUGGCAGUCGCAUCACCUCCCACCCUCCGGCGUUUCCUCUACCCCGGAGGAGAGGACACCAACACCGCGGCGUGAGGCGGCUACCUGGGCACCAUGAGCGCUCAAUCGCGCUCCCUGUCACGGGGAAGGGAGGCCGUGAUCUGACACGGCUUAACGUGGCAGCGACACUGCCCACCGUUGCCCAGCUCUGUGACACCCCGGACCUCCCCUGGGCGCCAGCUCCUCGGCUCCAAGCGGCCCAGAGACAAGCCGGAUUAUUUUUUCUUUCUUUCUGGAAAUUGGCUUGUGUGCUUCCCCACCUCCCUCCUCCCCCACGCAGCUUCCCCCACCCCCCCGCGCUUUUUUUUUUUUUUUUUUUUUUUUUUUUUGAGACAUGGCCCGGGCAGUGGCUCCUGGAAGAGGAACAAGUGUGGGAAAAGAGAGAGGAAACCGGAGCUAAAUGACAGGAUGCAAGUGACUUGAGACACAAAAAGAGAAGCCUUGCUCUCCGAUCAAGGCAUUGCCUCGCUGCUUUCCUUUCUCCAAGACGGACUGAGGAUUUUACAGCUCUAGGCGGAGUUGGAGCGCUUCGGAUUGUUUAGAUUCCCCUCUUUGCUCUAUUUUCCCCGCACGUCCUCGUUCUCCCGAGUCUGCUGGGGAUCCGGCGAAGGGAGAAUGGAGAGGGGGCCGCAGCUCCUCUGCGCCGCGCUCGUCCUCGCCCUCGCCCUCGCCCCCGCCCCGGCCAGCGCUUUUCGCAACGAUAAAUGUGGCGAUAUUAUAAAAAUUGAAAGCCCGGGGUACCUUACAUCUCCUGGUUAUCCUCAUUCUUAUCACCCAAGUGAAAAAUGUGAAUGGCUGAUUCAGGCUCCCGAGCCAUACCAGAGAAUUAUGAUCAACUUCAACCCUCACUUCGAUUUGGAGGACAGAGACUGCAAGUAUGACUACGUGGAAGUCAUUGAUGGAGAAAAUGAAAAUGGACGUUUAUCGGGAAAGUUCUGUGGAAAGAUUGCCCCUUCUCCUGUAGUAUCUUCAGGGCCAUUUCUUUUUAUCAAAUUUGUCUCUGACUAUGAGACACAUGGUGCAGGAUUUUCCAUACGUUAUGAAAUUUUCAAGAGAGGUCCUGAGUGUUCCCAGAACUACACAACCCCUAAUGGAGUGAUAAAGUCCCCCGGAUUCCCUGAAAAAUAUCCCAACAGCCUUGAAUGCACUUAUAUUAUCUUUGCACCAAAGAUGUCAGAGAUUAUCCUGGAAUUUGAAAGCUUUGACCUGGAGCCUGACUCCAAUCCUCCAAGGGGGAUGUUCUGUCGCUAUGACCGCCUGGAAAUCUGGGAUGGAUUCCCCGAUGUUGGCCCUCACAUUGGGCGUUACUGCGGACAGAAAACACCAGGUCGAAUUCGUUCCUCAUCCGGCAUUCUAUCCAUGGUUUUUUAUACUGACAGUGCCAUAGCAAAAGAAGGCUUUUCAGCAAACUACAGUGUCCUGCAGAGCAGCGUCUCAGAAGAUUUCAAAUGUAUGGAAGCUCUGGGCAUGGAAUCAGGAGAGAUUCAUUCUGACCAAAUCACAGCUUCUUCCCAGUAUAGCACUAACUGGUCUUCAGAACGCUCCCGCCUGAAUUACCCUGAGAAUGGGUGGACUCCUGGAGAAGAUUCCUACAGAGAGUGGAUACAGGUGGACUUGGGCCUUCUGCGCUUUGUCACUGCUGUUGGGACACAGGGAGCCAUUUCAAAGGAAACCAAGAAGAAAUACUACGUCAAGACUUACAGAAUAGAAAUUAGCUCCAAUGGGGAAGACUGGGUCACCAUAAAAGAAGGAAAUAAACCUGUUAUCUUUCGGGGAAACACCAACCCCACAGAUGUCGUGUUUGGAGUUUUCCCCAAACAACUGAUAACUCGAUUUGUCCGAAUCAAACCAGUCACAUGGGAAACUGGCAUAUCUAUGAGGUUUGAAGUGUACGGCUGCAAGAUAACAGAUUAUCCUUGCUCUGGAAUGCUGGGUAUGGUGUCUGGACUUAUUUCUGACUCCCAGAUUACAGCAUCAAACCAAGGGGACAGAAACUGGAUGCCUGAAAAUAUUCGCCUUGUGACCAGUCGCUCUGGCUGGGUACUGCCCCCCGCACCUCACCCGUACACAAAUGAGUGGCUCCAAGUGGACCUGGGGGAGGAGAAGAUUGUGAGGGGCAUCAUCAUUCAGGGAGGGAAGCACCGGGACAACAAGGUAUCCAUGAGGAAAUUCAAGAUCGGGUACAGCAACAAUGGUUCCGACUGGAAAAUGAUCAUGGACGACAGCAAACGCAAGGCUAAGUCUUUUGAAGGCAAUAGCAACUAUGAUACACCUGAGCUACGGACUUUCCCACCUCUUUCCACACGAUUCAUCAGGAUCUACCCUGAGAGAGCCACUCAUGGUGGCCUAGGGCUGAGGAUGGAGCUGCUGGGCUGUGACGUGGAAGCACCUACAGCUGGACCGACCACUCCCAAUGGGAACCUGGUGGAUGAAUGUGACGAUGACCAGGCCACCUGCCACAGCGGAACAGGUGAUGACUUCCAGCUCACAGGUGGUACCACUGUGCUGACCACAGAAAAGCCAACCAUAAUAGACAGCACAAUCCAAUCAGAGUUUCCAACAUAUGGUUUUAACUGUGAAUUUGGCUGGGGUUCUCACAAGACAUUCUGUCACUGGGAACAUGACAACCAAGUGCAACUCAAGUGGAGUGUGUUGACCAGCAAAACGGGACCUAUCCAGGAUCACACAGGAGAUGGCAACUUCAUCUACUCACAAGCUGAUGAAAACCAGAAGGGCAAAGUGGCUCGCCUGGUGAGCCCUGUGGUUUAUUCCCAGAACUCUGCCCAUUGCAUGACCUUCUGGUAUCACAUGUCUGGUUCCCACGUGGGCACACUGAGAGUCAAACUGCGCUACCAGAAGCCAGAGGAGUAUGACCAGCUGGUCUGGAUGGCCAUUGGACACCAAGGAGACCACUGGAAGGAAGGUCGUGUCCUGCUCCACAAAUCUCUGAAACUUUACCAGGUGAUUUUUGAGGGUGAAAUCGGAAAAGGAAACCUUGGCGGGAUUGCAGUGGAUGACAUUAGCAUUAAUACCCACAUUUCACAAGAGGACUGUGCAAGACCGGCAGACCUGGAUAAAAAGAACACGGAAAAUAAAAUUGAUGAAACAGGGAGCACCCCAGGAUACGAGGACACGGGAGAAGGUGACGAGAACAUCUCCAGGAAGCCAGGCAACGUGCUGAAGACCUUGGACCCCAUCCUCAUCACCAUCAUCGCCAUGAGUGCGCUGGGUGUCCUCCUGGGUGCUGUCUGUGGGGUUGUCCUGUAUUGUGCCUGUUGGCACAACGGGAUGUCAGAAAGAAACUUAUCUGCCCUGGAGAACUAUAACUUUGAACUUGUGGAUGGCGUGAAGUUGAAAAAAGACAAACUGAACACACAGAGUACUUACUCCGAGGCAUGAAGGCAGACAGAUGAAAAGUCGAGUCAGAGAACUGAGGUGGAAGGACGUGACUUGAGUGUGUUGAUCUUCUUUCACUGUACAGGCUGGAAAAUGCGUUGAUGACGCUGAGCCAGGCUUUUCUCAGGAGCUUCAAUGAGUAUGGCCGACAGACAGGAACAAGUUAGCUGUGUUAACAAUCGGAAUCAUGUACAGUCAGCUUUUUUCCUUUGGUUUCAUUUGAAUAAUCAAAUGCUGGUGUUGAGACCAAGUAUGAUUGACUUGAUAAUUCAUUUUGACUCCCCUUCUCCUUCUCUCUCCUCUUUUAUGGAUUCUUUUCGGAAACUGUGCAAAAUCCAAGAUGCUGGCGCCAAGUGUAUUCAGUGUGGCCCUUUAGACGGACGUGCUGCCUGUAGCCCAGUGCCCAUAGUAUAUGAGAAUAACCGCAUUUCAGUGGACUCCUGAAGCCGUACCUGUGUAUAAUUGCCCGCGUCGUGCAUAGGCAACGAAGGAGUAGGAUGUUUUAUUUUUAAGUACUGUAGCCUCAGUACCAGUAUAGUGUGUCAGCUCUGUUUACGAAGCAAUACCGUCAAAUUUUCUUGAUGUUUUCCAGUGUUGUACUAAACCUCGUGCUUGUGAACUCCAUACAAAAAAACUGUGCCAUCACCAAACACUGCUGGCAACUGGCUGUCCUGUCGACAACCACAUCGAAAAAUCCUUGGCACUGGCUAGUCCAUGUCCUCUCAAGUGCCUUUUUGUUUGUACUGGUUCGCAUUAUGUUACAUUAACGACCUGCUCUGUUUCUCACUGGUGAAAGCCCUACUCUUUAAUCAAACCCUGGUGGCCCACUGACUAAGAAGAAAGUAUAUUUUAGUGUGAGACGUCAGCCCCCGGGAAGGCAAGGGCUCCGAAGAUUUGGCAACGUGGCUUAAUUGUUCUGCUUUUUCCAUAGUUCGAGUUCAUGUCUCUUGAUCCUUUUGUAUAAAGCUGCAAUAUUCUCUCCUCUUGUUCUUUCAUAUGGAAUGUAUUUUCAAAUGUAAACUCUUUCUCUCCUAUCUCUCCGUCUUUUUCUCUCUUAGAAUUUAAGCAUUUGCCAUUGUCCAGAAAAGAAAUUUGCAGCUUUAACCUGCUGGUAAUGGCAAAUAAUUUUACUAGACUUUAUGUUUAAAAAUAAAUAAGGGAAAUUUCUAACUCUGCCCUCCAAAGUCUAACUUUGGUUUGCUUGUUAACUGGUUAAAGUGACAGUAUCUUUUUUCCUUAAGCCAUUUGUCUGUCUAUUCCAAUCAAAAUGACCUUUGACAGAAACAUUUGCAUUUAAUAGAAAUAGUGAUAAGUUGAGAGAAGAAAUAAUAUGAAUUGGCUUUCAAGUGAGACCCAAAGGAAGGACUGAAUACAAUUCUCCAAAUAUCCCAAAACAUGAGAUUUUUACAUCCAAAUAUGCAAAAAUGACCCAUGAGAACCUUCUUGUUUUGGUACUGGGUCAGACAAAGGAAGUGGAAGAAAGAACAGUUAAUUUAAGAAAGCGACUAUAAAUCUUGGUGCCUGGUGGUAAAGUGUUUUCAGAUAAGAGGGUGGGGGAAAAAUGAGUAAAGUCAAAACAAAUGUUUUUAAAAAUCCAUUCAGCAGAAACCUGAAAAACAGAGACUUGGAUAAAUGCUUCUAGAAACUUCCAAUUGCUCACAAAGAAAAAGCCUGACUUGGGGCUGGGAACACCUAAGCCUCUAACAGCUCAGAGUAGUAAGCAUCUUAUCAGGCAGCAUGUGAAUUAAUCCAAAGAAGCUUUGGUUGUUUUCAGUGUAUUUGUGUCAUGCCAUGUUGUACAUAAGAACUUUUAAAUCUUCCUCCCUUCCUGCAUUGCUAUAGGUCUCACUCAAAUAUAUUUGUGGGAGUCACUUUUGCAUCAUGGACAAGACAGUCCAUUCAUCUUGGUUUAAUUGGAUUGAGAAUGCCUUUUGUUUCCAGGAAACUAUUGAUCAUUAUGUAAGAAUAGAUUUUUGUCCACAGAGACAUUCAUUCAGUUGUUAUAAUCAUAGCAGGACAAAAGCACUAAGACUUGAUUUUAUUUUAAGGCAAUGGACUUAAAGUUGUCCUCAGCCAAGGAAAAAUGAUACUGAAACUUUAAAUUUUAAAGUAUCUUGCACUGAUAAAUAUAUUUAAAAAUUAUAUGUUUAUAAAGUUAUUAAUUUGUAAAGGCAGUGUUACAAAAUGUUCAGUUUAUAUUGUUUUAGAUUGUUUCGUAAUUUUUAAAGGUGUAAAAUAACAUAUUUUUUCUUUAUUGAAAUCUAUAAAACUUUCUGUAGUAAAAUGUUUUCAUUUUACUGGUAUAUUAUUGCUUCAUGUUUUGUACCAUCAUAAAAUUUUGUGCAAAUUUUUUUUACAGAAAUUUUUAUUUUCUAUGACAAUAUGACACUUGUAAAUUGUUGUUUCAAAAUGAACAGCGAAGCCUUAACUUUAAAUGACAUUUGUAUUCUCAGACACUGAGUAGCAUAAAAACCGCAUAGAACUGAACUGUAACUUAAAUUCCAAACUAUGACUACUACAUUCCAAAGAAACAGUUGAAUUAAACAUUUUCAUAAAAUAUCCCAAAACUGAUGGCUUUUAUUAUAUUAGCUUUGUUAUUGUUAAAGAAAUUGGUAUUAUUCCAGCAUCAAAUAACUUUCAAGGUUUUUCUAAGUUCUCUUUUAAAAAUAAUAUCCUAAUAAGGAGAGAAGAUUAAGGAGACAUUUCCUGCAGGUAGAAAUAUCAGCCCAAACUGGACACUUGCCAAGAUAAGAAACAGAGAAUUUGACCUUAUAAGUGGAAAAUUUUCAACCUUAAAUCUUGUGUCAAAUGUUCUAUAUUCCAUUAGGUAAAGUUUUAUUUUUUUAAUGAAAUUCACAAAUACCUAUUGGUAAGUGUUGUUCUUGUAAAAAAAAUAGGUAAUAAAUCUGAUGGUGUUUAUGCUGUGCCUAUCUGAUAUUUAGGUGUAAGGCAAAGUUGAGCAUGGCAUUACAACUGACCAUUUGUAAUGCUUAGGAAAAAUUCUAUUUCAUCUGGGACCAAAAUAAUAGUAAUAAUAAUCAUUAAUAAUAAUAAUACCAAUGAUAAAGACAAUAGAAGUAUUGAGCCAAAGCAUGCUGAAUAGGACGCUGUAGAAAGAUUGUUCCGACGAUAUUGGCCUACCCUAAUCCUCAUAUCCACAGACCAAUAAUUCUUUCUUUAUCUUCCUUUAACUGUAGGAAAAUUUAUUUGGAAAGCAUAGGAACUCCAUGAGAGGUAGGAUGCUCCGCACAGCUCUUCACAGUAAAUCAAUAUUCCCACUUUUUUCUGGACGCUUACACCUUUUGCACCUUCUAAGAUUUAACAAGAAUAGGACAUGUUCCCUGCUGGGAGGGUUUUUAGGUCUCUCUGUUUAAAGAAAAGAGCCAGAGAUAGAGAUAGAGAUAGAGCCAGGUGAUUACUUUACUGAACUUAUAUUUACGCUCAUGGAUGUUUCCAAAAAACAUGAUGACUUGCAAGGAGUCUAUGAGAAUUAAUCCAAAAAUACUUUCUGAAAAAUGCCACGGCCUUUGGUAUACUUUACUUCUGUUUCAUUGUUUGAAAAGAUCUUAAACAUAGAUGAUUUUCACUUUUUUCUUAUCCCAAGUAAGCUGCUAAGCUAGGCCUUUCUUACUGGGUUUAAUGAGCUAAGUCACUGUAAAGUAUGUACUUGAAUAUUAAAAUUGUAAUACUCAAUAUAUACCGAUAAAAGAUGAAUACAAGUCACGUUUGACUUCGCAAUUACAAGAGGUGCUCAAAGUGGUUACCAUCAGCGUCCAGACACUUCUGAUUACGGCGAACGACUGCUUGAGUAACGGUGACGAAAGUGUCCACUUGUAUACAUUUUUUUGGCACCCCCGGU